AACUCGUGUGUAACGCUCGCGUCGUCACGUGACCUAUCGGCGUCGUCUUUGGCUAAAGCUGCCUCAGUUUGCCGAAGAAAAGCUCGGCUUCACCGACUUUGUCAUGCUCCCCACAUUUCUACUGCUUUUGACGGUGGGCGCUCUCUGCGGGGAAGUCACAUCGGAGAAAAAACUGGAAUACGUAACCGUGUUAUUCCGACAUGGCGACAGAUCACCGGUCAAAGCCUAUCCUACAGAUCCAUACCAAGAGAGUGCCUGGCCUCAAGGCUUUGGACAGCUAUCACAGGAAGGGAUGCGGCAGCACUUGGAGCUGGGCCAGUUUCUGAGGAAGCGUUAUGACGGCUUUCUUAACGAAAGCUAUGUCCGACAUGAGAUCUCAGUGCGCAGCACAGACUACGAUCGUACCCUGAUGAGCGCCGAGGCCAACCUUGCCGGUCUUUACCCCCCCAAUGUUGAGCAGGUCUUCUCACCAAACAUCAAGUGGCAACCCAUCCCCGUCCACACGGUUCCGCAAAGCGAAGAGAAGCUGCUGUCCUUUCCUCAGAGAGAUUGCCCUCGCUUCGAAGAGCUCCUGCGUGAAACCGAGCAAACGGAAGAAUAUCGUAACGUCACAACGGCUAACCAGGACAUCAUAGAACUGGUUUGGAAUAAAACGGGACUCAAGUCGAUGAGUGUGGAUUCUGUCUGGAGUGUGUAUGACACCCUCUUCUGUGAGUCACGUCAUAACAAGUCAGCUCCAGAUUGGGUGACUCCUUCUGUUUGGGAAAGGCUCCGCUUUCUGAAAGACUUUGGAUUCCAGGUUAUAUUUGGUGUCUACAAACAGCAGGAGAAGAGUCGGCUGCAGGGAGGGAUCCUGUUGGGCGAAAUAGUCAAGAAUCUUUCCCGAGUGGCUUCAUCAAAGCAAAGUCAGCGUCUGAAAAUGAUGAUGCUUUCUGCGCAUGACACCACUGUGGCAGCUCUGCAGGGCAGCUUGAACGUCUUCAAUGGCAGACAACCACCAUAUGCCUCCUGUCACAUGAUUGAGCUAUAUUCAGACGACAAUGGGUCUCUGUCAGUGUCUAUGUUUUACCGGAAUGACAGCGGGGUUGAGCCGUAUGCGCUUCAGUUACCAGGCUGCGCCCUAGAGUGCCCCCUGGAGGAGUUUGUGAAACUUACUAAGCUGUCUAUUUCUGAGGACAGACAGAAGGAGUGUCAGUUGCCUUCAAAUGGGAGCAGUAAAGAGGUGAUCAUCACUCUGGUGGUGUUUGGCUGCCUGUUGUUGGUCCUCAUCAUCAUCCUCUUCCUGUCCAUUGUUCGCCACAAGGAGCCGUUGGGCAACCAGGGCUAUUGCCACAUUGGUCCUGAGGGGGGUGAGGAGUCCUGACAGAAAUGCAAGGUGGUCCUUUGCAGGCUGAGCAGCUCCUCACCUCAGGGCAGCAGCGACGAUGACGAUGCCCAUGAUGAACUUUGACCCCUCUUUUGGAGCUCAAGUUUGGUUUUUAACUCAAAUUGGCUGUUUUGCUUUUAUUAGUUAACAGCUUUUAUGAAUGUUUCAAAGCUGGCUUGAUGACAAAUACAUGGACUCGAGUUUUUUUUUUUUUUUACCCUUUAAUACCUUUUUUUCCCCCCCCUCCAGAAUCCAAGUUGAUGGGAUCAGUGGUAUUUCUAUUGGGUGCAAUUGUGUGAAGGAAAGUCAAGAAUGUUUACUUUGAAGGCUUCUUUUAUCUGGAGAGGCUACAUUUAUUGCAAAUGUGUUUAUUGUUUGAAUUUUGCUAAGUGUUUUAUCAUCAAAAGUCAAAUGACCAAAACAACCAUUCUGCCUUAAAACAAUUGCAGUUGUUCUGAUGUUUGUGAAUUAUUAGUGUUUUAUUUCAAUUGUCAAAAUCUGAGCAGCUUUUUGCUUUAAAAAUGAGCAAAUGGUUUGAUAUCAUGAGUUGCUCAUAUUUGCUUUCUCAGUAUGUUUCAAACUGCUAGUAACAAUACUAUUUUUCUCUUUGCUGCAGUUGGUUUGAAUUGUAAUGUUUUAAUUCAUAAUUUUAAAUCACUUCAUGGUCAAACUAUGUUAAUGACAGUGACUACUACUUUUCAGUUAGGCGUAGAUUUAUUAAAUGAUUGUGUGCCAUUUUUGCCACCCAUGUUUUCUUGGUUGCUCUUUUUAAAUGUAGCUAAAUUUAACCUAUCUAACCUUAAGUCCACAGUGACAAAAAUCUGUAAGGGAGUACAAUGGUUAGACUUUUUUUUAACAUUGCUUAUUUUAAUGUCUGUCACAAUACAGGUUACAUUCAGUAUGGUCCUAGUUAAAAGAACUUCUUGUGAGGGACUGGAUCAUAAUGUUGACUUGUUGCAUGAUGAUGCAGAGCCAUGGACUGCACAAGCAACUUUCACAUGUCAAUAAAUGGAACUAAAAGCGUCCUUAAUUCGCAACAACAAAUGUUUUGCAGACUGACCACAUUUUAAGAACACGGCGGCAGCAACUUAGGAGUUUGAUUUUAAACUUGUGGGUCCAUAUUUGUGACAAGCAUUCCUUCUCUGGAAUUUCCCUUGGGAUCACCUUUCACAAUAAACAAUGGGUGCGAUUGAAAA